ACGUUGGAUCAUUCGAUUUAAACUUUCUAGCAAAUACAACCAGAAAAAAUUUUAAAAAUAUUACAAAAAUUUGUACUAAAUUGUUUUGUUAAGAAAACAUAUACCAAACCAUGGAUAUUGACUUUUCCACGUAUGCUCAGCUCUCAGGGUUUUCCUAUAUGCCCACUCCCGAGGAAUACUACCCGGAGAUGAGAGGCGGAAUGCAGCAACAGCAGUGCGGCGAUUUUGAUCAGGGAUCCAGACAGAUGCCCAAUCAUCAGCCUCCUCCAGCACCUGUCCAAGAUCGAUACCAUCAGAGGACUACAAUGGACAUGUCCGAUGGCUUCAAAGCCGAUCCCUAUCUUCCAGUUCGCCAUCAAUGCACCAGUGCCUCUUCAUAUCGCUGCAUGAUGCGGGAACAAAAACGAGCCAAGGAAAUGAUGUCCCGCAACGGGCUAUAUUCACCCAAUGAAGCCUCUGCGCGUUUCAGUGGCGGAGAUGCCAAUUACUAUUCUAACUAUGCAGAGAGCAAUGGGCGAAUGGAACCUAGCGGUAGAAAUUCAUAUUGGUGAAUAAUAAUAAUAUUAAUAUUUGGAGCUGUAAAAUAAAAAAGUUUGUAUU